GCGUGUGUCUGGAAGAUGCCGCUGCAAGAGAAGGGGAGCCUCCAGGAGACGAAAGCCAGCGAUGAGGAGACCGUGUGGCACAGUGAGAGACUGUCCCAGGUUCCUUUCAGAAUCUUAAAGGGACACCGAGGGGCUGUGACUUCUUGUCAUUUCUGUCUUGAGGAUACAAAAAUUAUAACAGGUUCUUACGAUGGAACCGCAAAACUGUGGGAUUUCUCUACCUGUUCCCCAGUCUGUGAGUUUAAAGAUGAGCACACUGGUCCUGUCUCCGAGUGCUGCCCAGCAGGUGACAACAAGAGGAUGGUGACAUCAUCAUAUGACAAAACUGUGAAGCUUUGGGAUAUGCAGACCGGGAAAGUCCUGUGGUCGGUGAGCCUGGACGGCCUGGUGACAUCAUGCAAUGUUUCAGGAGAUGGAAAGCACGUAGUAUGUGCCGUGGACGUGGACAAUGCCAUCUGUAUCAUUGAUUGUGCAACAGCUUCCAAAGUGAUGUAUGUUAAAGACCAUCACACGUCCACCAUAACAAGAUGCUGUUUUGAUCCAGAAAGUCUGAGAAUUUGUUCAGUGUCAUCUGACAGAUCCGUGAAAUUGUGGGACGUAACUGCAAAACGUGCAACUAUCCAAAUACAACAAGCACACAGCAAUGUUAUUUCGGACUGCGGCUUCAGUGCCAAUGGCCGCUCCUUGUGCACAGCGUCUUGGGACAAAGGUUUGAGAAUCUGGGAUGUUAACACUGGAGAGUUUCGCCACCGCGGAGCGGAUAAUCUCCUCAGCGCCCACACGGGAUCGGUCAGCUCCUGCUCGUUCUCUCAGGAUGCUUCUGUCCUUUUAUCUGGAGGAUACGAUAGAACAAUAGUCCUCUGGGACGUGCCCUCCAAGUGCAAGAAGCUUGUGCUAAAGGGUCACACUGAUUGGGUCCUGGACGUUGCACUGAGCGCCAGUAAGAAGUGGAUUCUUUCUUCUUCAAAGGACUCUACAUUACGGCUGUGGAGCAUAGAGAAUUAUGAGGAAAUUCCCGCUGUCAUCGAGAACAAGAAAGCAAUUGGCCCUCGGCUGUCUCAGUGUGAAGAAUGUGAGAAGCCAUUUCCUGUCAUGCAUUGGGACAACGCAAACGUAAUCACCAAAUGCGUCUUCUGUCGCCUGUCCACCCCGUCCAAUAGUGUGCCCUCCUUACCCACCGUGCCCCAGACCUUGUGUGCCAUGUGA